ACGAAUUCCUACAUUAUUUACCUUCGCAAACUGGCAUUAACACUAACAUUUCUCUUCCCUUUCGACUAAUUUUCCCUAAUGUUUGGAUUGGUCCUUUCCUAAUAUAACCCAACUUUCCUAUUUAACAAAAUGUCUUCAACGGUGGGAAAGCAGCCUUUAAACCUGGACGACUUGAUUCAACGCCUCCUCGAAGUGAGGAAAGUAGCACCAAACACACAGGUGGCCAUUUCGGAGUCCGAAAUCACCAGCCUCUGCCUGAACGCGAGGGAAAUCUUCCUGAAGCAGCCCUCCCUGCUGGAGCUGGAAGCGCCUCUGAAGGUUUGCGGUGACAUCCACGGACAGUACUAUGACCUGUUGAAGCUGUUCGAGUACGGAGGAUUUCCUCCGGAUGCAAAUUAUCUCUUCCUUGGGGACUAUGUGGACAGAGGAAAGCAGAGUCUGGAGACCAUCUGCCUUCUGUUGGCUUACAAAAUCAAGUACCCUGAGACCUUCUUCCUGCUCAGGGGCAACCACGAGUGCGCCUCUAUCAACCGCAUUUACGGCUUCUAUGACGAAUGCAAGAGGCGCUUCAGUGUGAAACUCUGGAAGACCUUCACAGACUGCUUCAACUGCCUGCCCUUCGCGGCCAUAAUCGAGGACAAGAUCUUCUGCUGCCACGGCGGCCUGAGUCCAGACCUGACCAACAUGAACCAGAUCAAGCAGGCAAUGCGGCCCUCCGACAUCCCCGACAGCGGCUUGCUGUGCGAUCUGCUCUGGUCCGACCCAGACAGUGACGUCAGGGGCUGGCAGGAGAACGAACGCGGCGUCAGCUUCACCUUCGGACCGGACGUCGUCAAGAAUUUCCUUGAAAAGUUCAAUCUGGACCUCAUCUGCAGGGCUCACCAGGUGGUGGAGGAUGGCUACGAGUUUUUCUCCAAGAGGCAGUUGGUCACCCUCUUCUCUGCUCCAAACUACUGUGGAGAGUUUGAUAAUGCCGGUGCCAUGCUUUCCAUUGAUGAAACCCUCAUGUGCUCUUUCCAAAUUCUCAAGCCUUCAAUCAAGCGGAAACAACUGUCAGCUCAGCCAGUGCUGCCACCAAUGGGCACACCGGUGAAGCCAGUGAAGGCCAGCCCGCUGUGAACUGUAAAUCGAAGCCAAAUGAUCUAGUUUUAAUCCAACCUUGCCAUUUAGAUUUUGAAUCAGAUCUCCGCGCGGUUGUAAAUAUUUUGCUGCUAUUCGUAAUGCAAUCGAUUGACUGAAAGGAAUUUUGGUGCCUUGUAAAUUUAGGAUAAUACUCACAAAGUGCAACAAAUGGUUUCAUGGAGAUUCAAAGAUGAUUAUUUUUAACAAGCGUAGACCUCAAGAGAUGUAAUUUUACUCUGCGCUUUUUAACUUUAAACUGCAGCCGACUAAAAUGUGCCACACUUAAAUCAAUUAUCUAUAGUUUACACUGCUCUUAUUAUAUAUAAUAUUUGCCAUGGUCUAGUAGUGUGUAGUAUUGAUGUUGUAAAUAAUAUUAAUUUAGUGCGAUUAAUCGUACAUUUUAAAAAAAGUUAUGUUGGGUCAAAUAGAUUAGCCCUGAAUUGAAUGUUCUGCAGUACAAAGUGAAUGCAAUAAUUAUAAUUUGGUUAAAUAAAAUUUAUUCUGUUGGCCUAUCUGAAA